AUGGAAUCCAAAUUUAAUGAACAUUUGAAAAAAGUUAUCGAAACGAAAAAAUCUAACAGUACUUUUAUUUGUAAAUCUAAAUAUGAUGAGAUAAUCAAUUAUUUAAAACAACUUAAGCUAGAGAAGAAAAUUAAUUCAAAAUUGAUGAAGAAAUACGACGUAAUGACUGUACUCGGAGACGAAAAAUUAAUUAUGCCAAUAACUGCAGAAGACCUUAUUGAUAUGCAAGCGCAACCAGACGGAGAUUAUAAAUUUAUAUGUGUCCACCAAGAUCAUUUGACAAAAUUUGUUAUACUUAGGCCUCUAAGACAUAAAAGUGCCGAAGCAGUUGCUAAUGUUUUAUUGGAUAUAUUUACCCUUUUUGGUGCACCCGCUAUAUUACAAAGUGAUAACGGGCGUGAAUUCGUUAAUAAAAUAAUAUCUGAACUUUGUACUAUGUGGAAGGAUUUGAAAAUAGUUCACGGUAAGCCAAGACACUCUCAAAGCCAAGGAUCAGUUGAAAGAGCAAACCAAGAUAUAGAAAAUAUGCUUGCAACAUGGCUUCAAGAUAACAAAACAAAAAAAUGGAGCAAUGGUUUAAGAUUCGUACAAUUAAUGAAAAAUCGUGCAUACCACCAUAGUACAAAACAUUCACCAUAUGAAGCGAUGUUUGGUACACCCCCUAAAAUUGGCUUAACAUCUUCAUUACUUCCUGCAAACAUAAUAGAGAAAUUAAAAACCGAAGAAGAACUACAGGUUGCUUUAGAUUCAAUAGAGGUUCUUUCUAACGACAACAAAAAUAAUGAAGUGAUUUGUGGUAUAGAAAAAGAAGAUGAUGAAGAUCAAAAUAUAAUGAAAAAACAAAUAAAAACAAGACAAACAUAUAUUAACCAAAACAGGAAAGAGUCAUUAAAUCAUCUGAAAAUUCAAGCCAAAAAAAUGACGGAAAUGUCCGAAAAACGAUUUUGUCAAGGAAAUGUUGGGGAGUCAGUCAGAGUUAAAAUUCCUGAUGUAGAUAGAGCACGGAGUGAUCUCAGAUGUGUUCUAGGCGUGAUUAUGUCAGUGAAAGAUAACUUCUACGAAAUCGGUACGACCGAAGGAAAACUGCAACAACUAUACAGUAGAAACCAAUUUACUAUUUGUAAGGAAAAAUUUGUACAGAUCGAAGACAUACCGGGUAAUUCAAUUUCAUUGCGAGAAGCAGCCCGCUGCUUUUCUAAUUUAGGGGGACAAGGAUAUGAUCGGUGUACUUGUACACAGGGUUGCAAAACAAAUAAAUGCAAGUGUCGAAAAGCUGACAGGCUAUGUAAUUCUAAGUGUCAUUCUUCUAAAUCUUGUACAAAUAAAUAGGUAAAUAAUAUAUAAUAUAAUGAUGUUAAUUAUUUUUUUUUUUCAUUCCAUCAACAUAAUAAUAUAAUGAAUCCAUAAUUGAAUUAAAUUU